AUGGCAACUGGCACACUGGCAACCGUUAACACCGUAAUUCAGGACCACUAUGUUGGUAUCGACGUAGGUACGGGUUCGGCACGAGCCUGCCUCAUCGAUGCAACGGGUGACAUCAAGGCGCUCGCUUCUGAGCCCAUCAAGCUGUGGCAGCCCCAAACGGGAUACUAUGAGCAAUCGACCACAGACAUCUGGCACUGCAUCUGCUCGUGCGUUCACAAGGUUGUCCUUCAGUCCAACAUCGAUCCCAGCACCAUCAAGGGCAUUGGAUUUGAUGCCACCUGCUCUCUGUCCGUAUUCUCUCACGACACCGACGAACCCGUCCCCGUGACCGGCCCCAACUUUGAAGAUGAUGGUAAUGCCCGCAACGUCAUUCUGUGGCUGGACCACCGACCCAUCGAGGAGACGGACAAGAUCAAUGCCACAGGUCACAACCUGCUGCGCUAUGUCGGAGGAAAGAUGAGCAUUGAGAUGGAGAUCCCCAAGGUUUUGUGGCUGAAGAACAACAUGCCCCCCGAGCUGUUCGACCGCUGUAAGUUUUACGACUUGGCAGAUGCCCUCACCCACAUGGCCACCGGCAACGAGACUCGAAGCUUCUGCAGCACUGUCUGCAAGCAGGGCUUUGUCCCCGUUGGUGUUGACGGAAGUGUCAAAGGUUGGCAAGAAGACUUCUACGAGACCAUUGGCCUGGGAGACCUAGUCAAGGACGACUUCAAGCGAAUGGGAGGCGUCAAUGGCGUGAACGGCAAGUACAUGAGUGCUGGUGAACUGGUCGGUCAUUUGUCCGAGAAAGCCAGUCGCGAGCUCGGUAUUCCUGCUGGAAUUGCCGUUGGCAGCGGUGUCAUUGACGCCUAUGCAGGCUGGAUCGGCACGGUCGGUGCCAAGGUCGACACAGAGUACGGUCAAUCCGACGCUACUCACGCCGCGAACGACAUGUCCCAGGCCUUCACUCGUCUGGCCGCAGUUGCAGGCACUUCGACUUGUCACCUAGCCAUGUCCGAGAAGCCCGUCUUCGUCAAUGGUGUCUGGGGUCCCUACAGAGAUGUACUUCUUCCCAACUUCUGGAUGGCUGAGGGAGGUCAAUCUGCCACUGGUGAGCUCCUAAGGCAUGUCAUCGAGACGCACCCGGCGCACGGUAAUGUCGUGCCACUGGCAGAGGCGAUGCACAUGAACAUCUACGAGUACCUCAACGUCCAUCUUGCGGAAUUGGCGGAGAAGACUAGUGCGCCCGCCAUCUCGUACUUAUGCCGCCAUUUCUUCUUCUACGGUGAUCUGUGGGGCAACCGCUCUCCGGUUGCCGACCCUAACAUGAAGGGUGCCGUCAUUGGUCUGAGCUCAGAUUCCAGUGUUGACGGUCUAGCACUUUACUACUACGCAACCAUGGAGUUCAUAGCGUUGCAGACCCGGCAGAUUAUCGACGUCAUGAACAAGUCUGGCCACUCUAUUUCGACCAUCUUCAUGUCGGGAUCCCAGUGCCAGAACGAGCUUCUCAUGAACCUGAUCGCAACCAUAUGCGACAUGCCCGUCUUGAUUCCCCGAUAUGUGCAUGCUGCAGUUGUACACGGAGCCGCUAUGCUGGGCGCCAAGGCAGCCAGCGCUGACGAGGAAGGCAAGACGGAGAAUUUGUGGACCAUUAUGGACCGCAUGAGCAAGCCUGGUCGCCUGGUCAAGCCCGGUAUGGACAAGGGCGAGAAGAAGAUGUUUGACGCCAAGUACGAGGUCUUCCUGGACCAGUGCCGAACGCAGCAGGAGUACCGCAAGAAGAUUGACGAGGCCACGGGUCCUUGGAUCGAGGAGUUUGGCAACUAA